ACAAACUCUUGGUCUCUCUAGUUCUUAUAAGCAGUUGCUUGCAGCGCUUUAAGUCAAUUGCAAGAACUUUAAAUUGUGUGAUUCCCUUAUCCAUACAAUUCGGUUAAUUGACUGAAGAGUGAAGACUGUACAAAAUGUAUAAAAUCAAGAAUCUUUAUGUGGAUUAAGGAGUUUUAUUUUGAAGGAGACUGGUGUUUAUAGAUCACUGUGACAGUACAUUUAAGGUCUAUGCUAAAACGGCAAAAUCAGAAGGUAUUACUGCACUAGGAAUCGUGCAGUCCUUCGUUACGUCAAGGACAACGACACGACACGAACAUUUAAUGGUGUGGUCCAAGGCGGAGCUAUAUGGUUUCAACCCACUAGUCCUAUAAAGGAAUGAAAAUCUCCUAUUCCACUUGAGAUUGUUGCAACAUCUUCAGCAGUCUAGCCACAAAGUAAAAACCACGAAUUAUACAUUUCUCAGCGUUCCUACACAGAACUCUAGAAAAAUGUCUCAAGAACCUGGGAACUCGAAUCAAAAUUUAGAGCGCAUAGGGAAACUAAGCAUUGAUAAAUCACUAAGUCGUCCAUACAAAACCGGAGAAAAUCUCGCUACAUUUAAAACUCAAAUUUUCCAGGGGAUUUUUGAAAACAAAACGAUGGUCUGUGUACGACGGUAUGAAACAGCCAGUUCGAAUCAUUCGUUAACAAAAGAACCAGGCUCAGAAGAAGGUCAAACGAUUAUUAAUCCAAUCGAAAGAGACAUCAACGUCCUUCGUGAACCAAAACAUCUUCACGAAAAUUUUAUUCGUUAUUUUUGCAGCGAAGAAGAUGGUGAAUUUACCUAUGUCGCCACGGAGUGGUGCAUCUGUUCCGUGGAAGACCUCUACGAAGGUGAGAAAGCAACCAACUGGGCGAACGAGAAGAUUUACAGGAAAUUAAUAAAGGAAUCACUGGGAGAAAAAGAAAUAUUACGACAAGCCACCGAAGGAGUUGCAUUUUUACAUGCGCUGGGGUUUGUCCACCGCAACCUCAAGCCCAGUAACUUUAUGAUCGCCCAGCUUCAACAGUUUCGAUGCGACCGAUUUCGAUACCUAAUCAAACUGUCGGAUUUUCGUAUGAGCAAAAAUCCGGUUGAAUGUCCCAGUGUUUCCGGUACCACAGGGUCGAAAGGAUGGACCUACCCGAAUCUACCGAAUACCGAAGUAGAUUCUUCGACCUAUCAACGCGGCGAUGUAUUUAUUCUGGGUUGCUUUUUCCAUUACGUUUUAACCAAUGGCAAACAUCCAUUCGACGAUAACAGCGACACUCGAAGGAAUAACAUCAAUAAUUCUAAAUAUUUUGUUUAUCGUGAUAACUGGAAUCCAAAAGAUCCAAACAUUGGAAAAGAAGCCAUCGCUCUUCUAAAGGAUAUGAUUAAAUUUCAGCUGAAAGAUAUCUGCACUCUAGACGAGAUCUUCAGAUCACGUUAUUUUUCACCGGUUAAUUUUUACCAGCUCUACAAUCUGCCUCUGCCGGAUGUCAAACCGGGGCUGUGCGUCAUAAUCAACCAGGAGAUUUUCGAAACUGAAGGCAAUAAUCGCACUGGAACUAAUUUCGACGAAGAUUCUUUGAAAUGUGUAUUCAUGCAAUUGGGAUUUGACGUGAGAAUUUUCAAGGAUUUGAAAGCUAAGAAUCUUUGCUACUGCGUCGAAGAUUUGGCAAGGCAAGAUUUCUCUUCUUACGCCAGUCUCGUUGUUUGUAUCCUGUCGCAUGGAGAUGAGGGUGUCGUUGAAGGAGUCGAUGGUGAAAGCAUUAAGAUCAAUAAACUAAAGUAUAAAUUCAACAGCAAUGACUGCCCCACUCUAAACGGCAAGCCCAAAAUUUGGAUCAUACAAGCCUGCCAGGGUAAAGGCAUACAAUACCCCAUACAAACAAAGGGUGCCAAAGGCUACGCAUCCUCCAAGUCAGAUCAUAUCAUUCCGCAACAGGAGUUUUGUGAAAUGCCUGUUCCGAUCAAGAAGCCAAAAGUAAUACCGGAAGAAAAAAAACCUGAUUUGAAAGAGAAGAGUAAGCCUACUACGUCAGAAGAGAACAAGGAUAAACGACCACCUUUGAUGGAUUUUCUCGAUAUAAGAGCUUCUAUUUCUGGUUAUCAAUCUUUUCGCAACACAGCAGACCGUGGAACUUACCUGAUUUAUUACCUGUGCAAAGAAAUGACCAACGAAUAUUUGAGUCUGAAUAGUAAUUCAAACCAGGAACCAAAAUCACUUGAAGAUAUCCUCAAAAUCGUGCAAAACCACAUUACUGCUGAAACGUUUUUUCUGUUAAAUCCCAAUGAUACAGAAGGGGUUGAAGUGAAGCAGACUAUCGAAUGGAGAGCGUCUUUGAGUGACAAGAUUACAUUUAAAAAAGCCGAUAUUCCCGGAACAGUGACCAAUAUUUCAAUUUCAACACCAGAACCCCCACAACCGUGGGAUAAUAUAUUGACACCCAUUAAAUCAUUUCUAAAAAAUAACUUUUUUUCAAAGUGAAAUUGACCAAUUCACAGGUGGCGGUACCACCCAGAACAUUUAAAAAGUUAAUGUGGUUUUUAGACAUACUGAAAAAAGUAUUGAAAUAUAUAUAUUUUUUUGCUACUUUG